CGGAGCAGCGGGAGGACGGGGAAGCGCCGUUGCCCAUCGAGGAUUCGGAGCUGGCGCUGGCCGGCAUUAACAUGCUGCUGAACAACGGCUUCCGCGAGUCUGACCAGCUCUUCAAGAAAUACAGAAACCAUAGCCCAUUAAUGAGUUUUGGAGCCAGUUUUGUCAGUUUUUUGAAUGCCAUGAUGACAUUUGAAGAGGAGAAAAUGCAACUGGCAUGUGAUGACUUAAAGGCUACAGAGAAACUUUGUGAAAGUGAAGAAGCUGGAGUUAUAGAAACAAUCAAGAAUAAAAUUAAAAAGAAUGUUGAUGGACGAAAAUCUACUCUAUCCAUGAUAGAUCGUCUACAAAGACAAAUAAUUGUAGCAGAUUGUCAAGUCUACUUGGCUGUGCUCUCGUUUGUAAAACAAGAGUUAUCAGCAUACAUAAAAGGUGGGUGGAUACUCCGAAAAGCCUGGAAAAUUUACAAUAAGUGCUAUACGGACAUUAAUACACUUCAGGAAAUAUAUCAGAAGAAAACAACUCAGGAAUCCUUGACUUCUGAUGCUGCAAAUGAUAAUCAUAUUGCUGCAGAAGGUGUAACGGAGGAUUCGCUAAACAGACUGAAAGGUGCUGUUAGCUUUGGAUAUGGACUUUUUCAUCUUUGCAUAUCCAUGGUGCCCCCAAACCUGCUCAAAAUCAUCAACCUGCUGGGUUUUCCUGGAGACCGCCUACAGGGGCUUUCCUCACUGAUGUAUGCAAGUGAAAGUAAGGACAUGAAGGCCCCUUUAGCUACAUUAGCUCUGUUGUGGUACCACACAGUUGUUCGUCCCUUUUUUGCCCUUGAUGGCAGCGAUAACAAGGCAGGAUUGAAGGAGGCAAAAGAAAUUCUUGCCAAAAAAGAAUCUGCAUAUCCAAAUUCUUCUCUGUUCAUGUUCUUCAAGGGAAGGAUACAGCGAUUAGAGUGUCAAAUUAAUAGUGCCUUGACCUCAUUUCAUACUGCUUUGGAACUUGCAACAGACCAAAGGGAGAUUCAACACGUCUGCUUAUAUGAAAUAGGUUGGUGCAGCAUGAUAGAGAUGAACUUCAAAGACGCCUUUGAAUCCUUCGAAAGGCUUAAAAAUGAAUCCAGGUGGUCCCAGUGCUACUAUGCUUAUUUAACAGCAGUGUGUCAAGGAGCCACUGGUGAUGUCAAUGGUGCUCAGAAUGUGUUCAAGGAAGUUCAGAAGCUUUUCAAGAGAAAAAACAAUCAGAUUGAACAAUUUUCAGUGAAAAAGGCAGAUAGAUUUAGGAAACAAAUACCAACCAAAGAGCUCUGUGUCCUGGCAUCCAUUGAAGUGUUAUACUUAUGGAAAGCCCUUCCAAACUGUUCCCUCUCGAACUUACAGCAUAUGAGUCAAGCUUGUCAUGAUGUGGAUGAUUCAUCAGCUGCUGGUUUGAGGAAUUUGCUUCUUGGUGCCAUACACAAAUGUUUAGGAAAUUCUGAAGAUGCUGUUCAGUACUUUCAGCGAGCUGCUAAAGAUGAACUCUGCCGUCAAAGCAACUUGUAUGUCCAGCCAUAUGCUUGCUAUGAACUUGGCUGUAUCCUGUUGGACAAUCCAGAGACUGUGCCAAGAGGCAAAACCUUACUGCUCCAAGCCAAGGAGGAAUUUACUGGCUAUGACUUUGAGAACAGAUUGCACGUCCGCAUACACGCAGCCUUAGCCUCUCUAAGGGAAGUGGUUCCACAGUGACCAUCAGGAAGGCUUGCUAUCCUUUCCCACAGUUCCUGCACUUUAGGAUGAAGCAGAAGAAAGAGCUGUUGGGAAGUCCAGCUUUUCUUCUGAAAACCACUUGUGCCAGAGACACUUUCCUAGUAUGGCUGAGUAAAAACAUUACAAUUUUAACUAAAGGUAAAUCAACCAGGAAGAAGGUUAAGUGACCUUGUGUUUUUAACUCUUCAUUUUUUAUUUUGUUCAAACCAAGCUGAACACAAUUACUUGUAACUCUGUGGGUGAGCCUAAAUAAGCACAUUAUUUACUUCAACAACAUUGGCAAGGUUGAUUUUUACCUUUUAAAACAGGUCUUCAUGUAAAAUUUGCCAGGAGGAACACUUUUGGUUUAAUUAGAAUAAUGCAACAUAAGUAGUUGGUUUAAAUGUUGAGGUUGGAAGUGGUCAGAGUAUUCCUUUUUCUCCAGGUAUUAGCCAGCACAUAGGAAGAGGAGGAAAACUGUUCAGCCACAAAAAGCAAAUCUUACUUUUUAGUGGCUUUUUCCAGUUACCUCAUGAUGGUUAAUGGUGAAUUUUAAACUUCUCACCCCCUUUUGUUCUUUAUCCCUUUCCUCCCAACCCAGCUCAUAUUUGUGAUAUCAAUGAUGUCAAUAUUUAAGUUCUUUGCUUCUGGUACAUUCCAGACAAAUCCUUUGACAUGCAGCUACUGCUUGGGCAGUUCUUAUUUCGGCUCUUACAUUCUGAGUAUCAUAUUAAGAUUUUACAUGUUUUUCAUUCAAGCUGCUGGAUCCUUACAGCAGUGACCUUUAAAGGUAUUUAAAAAAUCCACAACCAAAAAAAAUGCCAACCCACAAAACUGCUUUGGCAGUUACACCAAUAUUACAAUACCUUCAGUCUCUGUGUAGUAUUUCAAGCCUGUGAUGUCAAGUUAUUGAAAUACCUCAGAGAGCCUGAAACUUUUGU